AGUGAGAGAGAAGCAAGAAACACAGAGAGAAGCAGAGAAGAUAUGGGUGGUGAUAGUAAUGGUAGCUCUGCACCCUGCGAGUCCUCCUUCGUGAAGAUGAUGCCAACCAUAAAGUUCACCAAGCUCUUCAUCAAUGGAGAAUUCGUCGACGCCAUUUCAGGUAAAACAUUCGAGACGAUAGAUCCCAGAACCGGAGAGGUGAUAACCAGAGUUGCAGAGGGAGAUAAGGAAGACGUGGACGUGGCGGUGAAAGCUGCACGCGCCGCCUUCGACCAUGGCCCUUGGCCUCGUAUGCCCGGCGCUGAGAGAGGAAGGAUUAUGUUGAAGUUUGCAGACUUGAUUGAUGAGCACGCAGAAGAACUAGCCAAAUUGGAUACAGUUGAUGCUGGGAAGUUGUUUGGUUUCGGCAAAGCUGUAGACAUACCUCAGGUAGCACACAUGCUACGAUACUAUGCUGGUGCAGCUGAUAAAAUUCAUGGGGAGGUGCUGAAAAUGUCGCGGGAGCUCCAAGGUUAUACAUUGCUCGAACCUAUCGGUGUUGUCGGACACAUUAUUCCCUGGAAUUUCCCCAGCAGCCUGCUGUUUGCUAAGGUUGCCCCUACCUUAGCUGCUGGUUGCACUAUGGUCGUCAAACCGGCUGAGCAAACACCUCUUUCGGCGCUCUAUUAUGCUCAUCUGGCUAAAUUGGCUGGUGUUCCUGAUGGAGUGCUCAAUGUCAUAACUGGAUUCGGAAAGACUGCCGGUGCUGCCGUCACUCAUCAUAUGGACAUUGACAAAGUCAGUUUCACUGGUUCCACAGAAGUAGGUCGUGAAGUGAUGCAGGCGGCAGCAAAGAGCAAUUUAAAAGCAGUUUCACUUGAACUAGGGGGCAAGUCACCCCUUUUGAUAUUUGAUGAUGCUGAUGUCGACAAGGCUGCUGACCUUGCUCUCUUGGGAAUCCUCUACAACAAGGGAGAAAUUUGUGUGGCCAGUUCUCGUGUGUUUGUUCAAGAAGGGAUUUAUGAUGAACUAGUCAAGAAAUUGCAAGUGAAGGCAAAAGAAUGGACUGUUGGGGAUCCUUUUGAUCCUAAAGUUCGUCAAGGACCCCAGGUCGAUAAAAAGCAGUUUGAGAAAAUCUUGACUUACAUUGAGCAUGGGAAAAGAGAAGGAGCAACUUUGUUAACAGGGGGAAAGCCUGUGGGGAACAAGGGAUAUUACAUUGAGCCAACAGUAUUCACUGAUGUCAAGGAUGACAUGCUUAUAGCCAAGGAUGAAAUAUUCGGACCUGUGAUGUCGCUAAUGAAGUUCAAGACUAUUGAGGAAGGAAUAGAGAGAGCUAACAACACCAAGUAUGGCCUAGCUGCAGGCAUUGUAUCCAAGAACAUCGAUGUGAUCAACACUAUGUCAAGAUCAAUCCGUGCAGGCAUUAUAUGGAUCAACUGCUACUUUGCCUUCGACCGCGACUGCCCCUAUGGAGGAUACAAGAUGAGUGGCUUUGGAAGAGACUUUGGUAUGCAGGCCCUCCAUAAGUACCUGCAUACUAAAUCUGUGGUCACUCCCAUUUAUAACUCUCCCUGGCUUUGAAUCCUUUACCAAAAGAAUUAAUGUUAAUAGUCGUAAUUCCAGUGCAGAAUAAAAUUAUUGAGUUGAAGUUCUUUAUUUAUGUGGGAAAUGUCAAAAGGAUUGUAUAUGUACAUCAUCUAUUUGCAUGUACGUGUUUCCUCUCUUUGUUGUUGCAAUAUACAAGUCUCUAUUUGAUCGAAACCUGCAAAUGAUCAUUGUUUGUCAACGAGGCUUGCCAAUUAACCUCCUGAUAGGAAUUUUGGAGCAAAUUUAAAGAAAAGGGUGGAGAAGAGACAUUGGAAGGCAAAAUUCAGAAAUCUGCCUUUGCAGAUCAGCCUACUUCGACAGAGCACUGAGGGCAGCUAAGGAUGAAUCAGAUCAUGAGCCUCAUACCAUUAGAAAGCUACGGAUGUCAAAUUUCCGUAGCAUUUUACGGUUCGUGAAUAGCAUUUUUCUAGAAGAAGUUAUGGCCGAUUUAGUGUCAGAAGGUCAAACUGCGCCUGAAUCUGACCUUUGACGGGAAUUUGUGUUCUGAGGCCCAAAUCACACUAGGAAGCCCAUGGUCGAGUUUGUACUUCAUAUUCCAACUUAUUAUCUCGAUGGGAACUGAUUAUGAAGAAUUAAAUGAGUUGGCGCACUUCCAUUGGUCGAGGGAAACCUAAAUCAAGUAGGAUUGGUUGAAGGAAG